AUGUCGAUGGAGACAGCUAGCAUCAGACCAUACCUUGGAGCAUGUUCUAAAGCCAAAGGCGCCGAUUUCGCAGACUGCAAAAAGGGCAUGAUCAUAAACAGAACUCUGAAAAUGGGAGAUGAACUGAUCAAGCUGAGAGACAGUCUCAACGUGACAACUGAGGCAACACCCACAGAGACUCCACUCAUUAAUAAUCCGAGCUAGUUGAUUUUAAAUGGGCAAUAAACUGAGCAGAAUAAUGACUUGAUGAGUUUCAAGGGGAACAACAUCAUGACUAUCAUUGUGAUUACUUCGCUCAUAGUAGUUGGCUCAUUUUUCUUCUUGCUCUUAGCUUAUUAUUCCAACUUCCUAGUUAAGGGUAACAAGAAAAAGGGUUCAAAGCGAUCUUCAGGCCAUAAGAAUUAGUAGAAAGAUAAUUUGAAAUUGGAUUAUUCAUCAGGGGAAAGCAUGCCUCAAUCCUAAUUCAACUUGGGAUUCCAGUCUUAUCAACAGCUAGUUCAGUAGAGUUCUGGCCCUAAAAGUUUCUUUGAGAACAUCAGUGGCAGCUCAUCAUGCCAGCCACCAAAGAACAGCUACCAUAGCCAAAUGUACUUCAUGAGAAAUUCUCAGAUCCCUUAACUCCUUAAGGAGGAUGACGUCCCCAAGUUCAAGAUACCUAACUUCUCCAGUGCUAAUUCCACUUGCAGCUCCAAAGAGAAUAAGAAAGUUAAGAAAGACGAGGUGAAAAUAAUGUAAAAUAUGAGGGAGUAAGAAGGUAACAAAAACCAAAUGAACGGCAACACCGAUGACUUAAAUGAUGUGCAGUUGACUUUGAACUAUGAUGCUUCCUCAGACGAUGAAAAUGCUCCACUAAUCAUCUCAACUUCCUCAAGAUCUAACAAGUCUCAAUCACAGUUGUGA